UCAAUGUCGCUCCGGCGCUGAAUCCUACAGUGCGCCUGUCGGUCUGGGAAUGAGCGCAACUUUCACACGCUCCUCACUGCCGAGCCGCUGCUUCUUCUUUUUAUUCUCGCCUCAUUGGAAAGACAAACGCCGAGAGGCUGCUCACAGAGCCAGACCCGGGAUGGGCUCUCUGGCGGCCCUGCGGACAGUCCUGGUCCUGGGCCUUGUGACCGGACUGGCGGGGUGCGCACCCGGCUUAAACGGCACGGCGGACCGCUGGGAAGCUCUCUACUCCCGGUCCUUGGCGCGGCUCCCGGGGGAGAAGCGGGAGGGGAUCAGCCGGGACGGCGACUAUCUUCUAGGCAUUAAAAGGUUGCGACGACUCUAUUGCAACGUAGGGAUCGGCUUUCAUAUUCAGGUGUUACCGGACGGCAGAAUAACGGGAGUACACAACGAAAAUCGCCACAGUCUUCUGCAGAUCUCUCCGGUGGAGAGAGGAGUGGUCACUCUGCUGGGCGUUCGCAGCAGACUCUUUGUGGCCAUGAACCAGCGAGGAAAGCUCUAUGGAUCUUUACACUACAACAACGAGUGUAAGUUCAGAGAGAAGCUCCUUGCCAACAACUACAAUGCCUACGAGUCAGUGGCCUACCCAAGGAUGUUCAUCGGCCUGAGUAAGAACGGCAAAACAAAAAGAGGAAACCGAGUGUCCCCCGCCAUGACAGUGACACAUUUCUUGCCAAGAAUAUAGUGGCCUCAUAAAUAGACUUCACCUCAAUAUAGAGACAGAGGAGGUGGGGGGAGGAGGGGUCCAAACCAUGAUGCACUUUCCCUCCAAACUUUAUGCAAGUGUAACAUAUUUGAUCUUUUGAUUUGUAAAUAUUUGUAUAUAUUCAUUUUUUAUAUUUAUGUCAGUUUUGUAUUUUUUUGGAGGGGUUGUCUUUUGCCUGUGUGUGUGUGUGUAGGCAGGUUUGUGUGUGUGUGUGGGGCGGGGGGAUGGGUUCUCGCUAAAAACAUUAGUAUUGUUUUGAAUUUGUAAUUUAUCAAAUAUUUGCUGCUACUGAAAGAAAUCCUGUCUUUGGAUGUUGGUUUCCUUUUCAAUGAUGGGAAAGUAUGCAAAAGUGCACUGGAGAUGGUAAUGGCUAUACUUUUGUAAUUUUUAAUAUAUAUAUAUAUAUAUAUUUUUUUUUUUUAACAAAACAGAACCUUUUUGAGUCUUAGUCUAAAAAGUACAUGAGGCACAAGUGCCUUUGGUGUCAGAAGUGACACUGAUUGCCAAAUGCUCCAGCUCCUUUGUGUGGCACUGGAGCCUAAUUGAAACAGUAUCAUCUUACUGCUGGGGGGAGAGCGAGAGAGAGAGAGAGAGAGGGAGAGAGAGAGGAGUUGAAGAACCCCCACAACCACCACUAGUCUGUUUAUAGCUCUGCCAGGGGGAUGAACUCUGAACUUUUCUGGUGUCAAUCUCAGUCAGACCUAUUAGACUACAGAUAGAGAGGGGCAUCCUCUUUGAUAUUAUAUUAUUGGGGGAUUUGGGGGUUUAAAGGCAAGGUCAAAGUGCUGAAAUGCAAUGGAGAAACUGUAGCCUUGAAUUUGGAAUACGUCUUUUCUUUAUGUCAAGUUAUGUCUGAUAGGUAGCUGUUAGACUGGGAGACAUAGCUCUUCCUGUUGAGCUUGAAACAGAACUGCAGAGAGCUCGGGCAAUUUGUGCCAGUUGAACAGAUAUUUACAAUUUUGCUUGUCUCUCGCCAAAAUCUUUCUCCCCUAGAAAAUGGUUGUUCAUAUCGUCAUUUUUGAAUUAAACUGAUAUUAUGUAUGUUUUGAAAGAAGUCAUAACAAAGUCUUUACUCUUACAAACAAUAUGCAUAGACAAUAAAACACUCCAAACUCAGUCCAAUAAA